AUGGUUGAACAGAAAGUGUUCCAGCGCCAUGAAGCCCAUGAAAUCUCAACACCGCUGCUUAUGCUAAGUUUGUUUGAGCAGAACAACAUUACUCUGAACACCCCGCCAAACGCAUCGAUGAUGUUAGACAAUAACGGUGUGUUAGUAUCGCUUCUAUUUGAUUUGACAGAGCGACUCACUCGCUUCGUGGCACGGCAAUGUUUCACGUCUGAGGAUCGAGGCUGUUUUCGUUUCUUGGAACUGGAGGAAUUAGAAGUGGUCUCAACUGUAAUCAGAGCGCUGCCGCGCUGUCUGGGUUCCUACGAUUUGCGCUUCAAUAACGCUCGAAAGACGCACGGCAUUCUUAACCUUUGCCGUGUUCCCAACAAUGCUCGUCGCGAGGUGCAACGACUACUUGCGAACGAAGUUUUAUUCUAUGUGCACGCUGGCCCAUCUUCCACUCAAGCUUCACGUCUGAAACCAGGACGCAGGAAAUUUGUCACGAAGCGAAUGAAACACUACGGGGCAUCGGCAAGCUCUAUUGAUGCACUCAAACCAUUCUUCUUGCUACCGGAGGAAUGCCUUACGUCGCUUGACAUUAUUGAGUUGGAGGUGCAAAAAGCUAUUUGCAAACAAUCGGGCAUUUGCGAACCGAGACUCAGCGACGGCAGCAAAUGGUACACGAUGCUUUUUCGUAUGCAGAUUGCGAUGCUGUUAUGGGGACUCGGCAUCAACGCAAGAUACCUGGAUCCAGAAUUGCUCCUGGAAGGCCUCGACGAUUACUUUGCUCAGCAAAACAUCCAAUGGAUGGUGAUUGUGCAAAAUCACAUGAUGCGAGAGAAGCAACAGGUGAAGAUCCAAGCAGUGAACAACCAUUCUAUUGCUGAUGUGGUGAUGACAAAUGUGUCAUAG